UGUUGACUCCAAGAGCGCCAACCUGUCAAAACACGAUUUCCUUGGCCAGGCCUACUGUACUCUUGGAGAGGUGGUUGGUUCGUUGGGCAGUCGCUUGGACAAAGCUCUGGGAGGGAUCCCUGGGAAGAAAUGUGGGACCAUUAUUGUGAAAGCAGAGGAGCUGAACAACUGCAGGGAAUCUGUGAUGAUGCAGUUCUGUGGGAACAAGUUGGACAAAAAGGAUUUCUUUGGAAAAUCUGACCCUUUCCUGGUCUUCUACCGGAGCAACGAGGAUGGCACGUUUACUAUCUGCCAUAAGACUGAGGUGGUGAAGAACACGUUGAACCCUGUGUGGCAGGCCUUUAAAAUCCCUGUUCGGGCUCUUUGCAAUGGUGAUUAUGACAGAACCAUAAAGGUUGAGGUGUAUGACUGGGACAGAGAUGGCAGUCAUGACUUUAUCGGAGAGUUCAGCACCAGCUACAGAGAACUGUCCAGAGGGCAAAGCCAGUUCAAUGUCUAUGAGGUGGUAAAUCCAAAGAAGAAAGGAAAGAAGAAAAAAUACCUGAACUCUGGAACGGUGACACUGCUGUCAUUCCUGGUGGACAUUGAAGUCACUUUCCUGGACUACAUCAAAGGAGGGACCCAGAUUAACUUCACCGUGGCCAUUGAUUUCACAGCUUCCAAUGGUAACCCAGCCCAGCCCACCUCACUCCACUACAUGAGUCCCUACCAGCUGAACGCCUAUGCCAUGGCUCUGAAGGCAGUUGGGGAGAUCAUCCAGGACUACGACAGUGACAAGAUGUUCCCUGCACUGGGCUUCGGAGCCAAGCUACCACCUGAUGGUCGAGUCUCCCACGAGUUUGCUUUGAAUGGAAAUCCACAGAACCCAUACUGUGCAGGUAUCGAAGGUGUGAUGGAAGCCUACUAUCAGAGUCUGAAGUCAGUUCAGCUCUACGGCCCCACCAACUUCUCCCCUGUCAUCAACCACGUGGCCAGGUAUGCAGCUUCUGUGAAAGACGGCUCCCAGUACUUUGUGCUCCUCAUCAUCACUGAUGGCGUCAUAUCAGACAUGGCACAGACCAAGGAGUCGAUUGUCAAUGCUGCCUGUCUGCCGAUGUCAAUCAUCAUUGUGGGGGUUGGACCUGCAGAAUUUGAUGCCAUGAUUGAGUUGGACGGUGAUGAAGUCAGAAUUUCAUCCAGAGGACGGUAUGCUGAGAGAGACAUCGUUCAGUUUGUCCCGUUCAGGGACUACAUCGACCGGACGGGGAACCACAUCCUGAGCAUGGCCCGGCUCGCUAAAGACGUCUUGGCCGAGAUCCCCGACCAGUUCCUCUCCUACAUGAGGACCCGUGGGAUCAAGCCCUCACCGGCACCACCACCCUACACACCGCCAGGCCAACCACUCCAAACCCAGAUUUGAGGUGCGAUGCGGAGAAGGGUUUUGAUUGGAGCCAGGGGUUUUGCUUAAAUGACUUAACGCUUAAAAUUCUUCCAUUUCCUUAAAGCCGCUCUUCAUGCCUUGACAUCAUGGGUCACGGUGAUCUUUCAUGUAUUUGGGAAGCGUUAUGUCGGGCCAAGAGAGCGAAGCUUUUGAGUACAGGAAAAGCCAAUGAGAGUCUGUUUACUUCCACUACUGUCAAGCAUUCCUGUUACAGUCUGGAUUUAUUUUUUUGACUGAAAAACUUGGUCAGGCCUUGGGAGUUUGUAAAGUUUGGAUUCAAGGAAGGAAUUCAUUUCCUCUGGAUCCACCUGGUGAAGUGAGGAAGCGAGGAAGACGAGCAAUGAAGGCACAAUCUUUAGAAACACUGUAGAGAGAAUGUCUCCAGACAAAACAAAGGAAUCCUGUAAAUAACUGGACAUCUUUAUCUCUCUCUCUCUCUCUCUCUCUCUC